ACAUUUGGUGAUAGUUAUACGACUGCAUAGCAUAACUUUUAACUUUUCCAAGAAGAUCGAAAUGUUAUUGUCACUGCAAAUUAUUUGACUUAGUUAUGCUGCAAUGUUUAUCGAACAGAGAGUUGGGAAUCGACCCUGCUCGGUAUUUGCCUAAAAUAGAAAAAAGCCGAAGAAUUUACGCGCUAAGUUUGAGCCAAACAGGCGACAUAGAACAAGUCCACAAUGGUGGAAUAAACUCAAUCGACAUUGAAGACGGUGAAGGUCGAUAUCUUAUUUCUUGUAGUACAAACAGCAAAAUCGUCAUUCACGACACCGAAGUUGGCUACUACAAGAGCCGUUUCAAGUGUGAAGCCGUCGCCAAAGUCACCAAAACACACAAAGGAAAUCAUAGGAGCAGUAUUGAGACCGUACAAUGGUAUCCGCACGAUUCUGGCAUGUUCCUUACGAGCUCUGUUGACAGAACACUUAAGGUGUGGGACACAAAUGCCCUACAGGUUGUAGAGACAUUUAAUUUUGAAGGUAUUGUCUAUAAACACCAAGCCGCAAAGUGUGCCAAGCGUCAUUCCCUUGUUGCCGCAGCCAAUGAGGAUUCAAGAGUGUAUUUGUGUGAUCUAAGGACUGGAUCUGCAAGUCAUAUCUUAAGAGGGCAUGCUACUGCAGUGCUGUCUGUUAGUUGGUCACCCCUUAACCAGUACUUGUUAGCAACUGGUGGUCGGGAUAACAAGGUUUUGUUGUGGGACGUUCGCAAGGCUGUUUCUUGCCUUACGGCACUUGACCAACAUAACGGCAAGGAAGCGUCUGGAUCAUGUAACACGAGAACAGCACACAAUGGACACAUCAACAGCAUCUGCUUUACAAGUGAUGGAUUGAACAUACUCUCGUAUGGGACAGAUAACAGGCUUCGGCUAUGGGAUACUUUUACUGGUAAAAAUACCUUAGUUAACUAUGGUCGCCUGGAAAAUCCAAGUAAUAAAGCUAUUCAAUGUGCUACUUCGGAGGGUAAUUUGUCUGAAGUGGUAUUUGUACCUAACCUAGGAAGCAUUAAUAUUUACGACAUACAUUCUGGGAAGAGAAUCUCUUCACUAGUGGGACAUUACAACAAAGUCAACUGUUGUUCCUUCCAGCAUGACUAUCAGGUCUUGUAUAGUGGCUCGUUUGACUGUCAUUUGUUGUCAUGGCUACCAGAUAUGGAGAGGUUAAAAGAGGAACCUAAAGAAGAUAAGAGCUUUGAUGAGAAGAUCAAGCAAGCAGCACCAGUUGAUCCUUAUCAAGAUACAUGGAGUAGUGAUGAGGACUGACUGAUUGUUAUGCCCUUGGCACUGAUUGGGAAACCUGUUUUUUUUGCUGAUGAUUUUGCAUUUUCCUGUUAGUUUUAUGGAUCCUAUUUAUAGCUCCAGUCAGGGGCUCAUAAGUAGGGGCAAUCAUCUGUAUUAUAUAAGUGUCACAGCGUUUUCCUAGAUCAGGCUAUUUAUAGAUGUGCGCGCACAAACAGGCCAAUCAGCUAAGUUAACGUAAGGCUGUGACGUGAGGCUGCACACGCAAAUUGCAAUUAGGAAGAAUGUUUUUUAUCCACCAUCCAUCCGUUUUGUUUGUUCAAUGAAAGAAUUGCAAGCAAGAGAAUUCAAAUUUGUAGGCAGAGUUGGAUUUAUAUUGAAGAGAGCAUUAGGCAAUUAAUAAAGAUAAUUAUUCUAAAAA